AUGAAGGAGAUGUUCACUUUAUUGGGGCUACCAACGCCGCUCUGGAAUGGCCGUCGAGGGGGAGUAACAAAAUGGACAUACACAAAACACCUUAGGGUAGAACAGAACAAAAAAGAACAGAACAUAAUGCAGCAGCUCGAGUAUUACAAACUUUACACGCACACUUGUCCGAUGGUCGUGAGUUAUUUGAUGUCGGUGUUUCACUUAUGGGGCCAGUUAGAGGAGAGGGGUGUAUCAUUGGGCCGGCUGGAGGAGGAGGAAGGGGGGGGGGGGGCUAUUAUAAUGGCCUGUCGAUGGAAGGGGAUCAGUAUUUCGCGGUGUAUCAUUGGGCCGGCUGGAGGAUUGGGGGGGGGGGGGGGGGGGGGGGGGGGGGGGGGGGGGGGAUAUUAUAACGGGCUGUCGAUGGAAGGGGAUCAGAGUUUCGCGGUGUAUCAUUGGGCCGGCUGGAAGAGGGGGACUAUUAUAAUGGGCUGUCGAUGGAGGGGAUUCAGUGUUUCACGGUGUGUCAUUGAGCCGGCUGGAGGAUGGGAGGGCUAUUACAACGGGCUGUCGAUGGAGGGGGAUCAGUGUUUGCCGGUGUAUCAUUGGACCGGCUGGAGGAUGGGGGGGGGGGCUAUUAUAACGAGCUGUCGAUGGAGGGGCAUCAGUGUUUCGCGGUGUAUCAUUGGACCGGUAGAGGGAGGGGGGGGGGGGGGGGGGGGGUUGUCGCAC